CAGCAACCCGCGGCUCCAGAGCCGCAUGCGGCUCUUUUUCAUCUUUGCUGCGGCUCCGGAGCACACUGCCCCCCAGGUGACAGGCAAUAGGGUUUCAGUGGUCGGCAAGCCGCGGAUCGCAAGCCACAUGCGGCUCUUCUGACUCUUUUAAUCCGGCCCGCGGAGCGUGGAACAUUGGCUGUCAGGAUGUAGGCGGGGCAGCGUGACGAACUCCUCUCCUCUCACAGUCCACCCUGAAGACCGGAACACAGCGCGGGAACACAGCAAGAGGAACGCGCAGAGCAAAGGUAA